GUAAUCCUCUGCUGUUAUUUCCCUUCUGAAGAGACACACACACACUUACACACCAGCUAUCUGUCCAGCAGAAUCCACGAGAGAACUUCUGUGCAUUGGUGUAUGUUUUCAUGCUUAAAGUGAGAGCAGUCGAGGUCAUUCGGGGCGUACAGUAGCAGACGGAGGCGUGCUCAUCACCCGCUUGUGACCCGCUGCUGGGGGAAACAGGUGGAUGCGGGUCAGACCGGAGACAGAAAGAGCACGGAGCAUCUCGUGUCAGAGGUAAAACCUGUCCGUUUUGGAAUCCUCCAUCAGAUCACGUGGAUUUCUCCCUUGUACGGCUCCAUCCCAGCAUUCGAAUGCAUUUGUCACUGGACACUAUGAACAUGGUGGAUGACAACUGUCUUUCGCCCAGUAACUUCCACGAGAUGGUCAAAGCAGGGGGCGUAGCGGUGGGCACUCGUGUCCACAGCAUAGAUGUCAUCCUGGGCUUCAGCAAGGACCAGGACCCUUUGCUCAACCCUGGAGGCAAUGAUGUAGCACACAAAGUUGGAGAUGAAAGUCUUGGAGAUCUAGGGAAGCGGGAACAGCGGGUACAACCCUACGGGCACCUGCCACCCCUCAGGGAUGGUUCGGAGCAACCUGCAUUUCACAAUUCUGACAUAUUCUCCAAUAAGUGUGACGGGGAGUUGGACGAUCUACGGAAGUCCAUUGAAAGUGACAGCAAGUCUCCAGAUUCAGCCGAUGCGGAGCAACCCAAGAAAAAGCACCGCCGCAACCGCACAACCUUCACUACGUACCAGCUCCACGAGCUUGAGCGAGCCUUCGAGAAGUCCCACUACCCUGAUGUUUACAGCCGAGAGGAGCUGGCCAUGAAAAUCAACCUCCCUGAAGUUCGAGUGCAGGUUUGGUUCCAGAAUCGCAGAGCCAAAUGGAGGCGACAGGAGAAAAUAGACGCCAGCACUAUGAAGCUUCAUGACUCCCCCAUGCUCUCCUUCAACCGCCCGCCAAUGCACCCCACCAUGGGCCACAUGAACAACUCGCUGCCCCUUGAUCCUUGGCUGCCCUCCCCUCUUUCCAGUUCCACUCCAGUGCACAGCAUCCCAGGGUUCAUGGGUCCCACACAAGGACUACAAGCGGGCUAUGCCAAUCAUGGUUUCCUUAGCCCAGCCCAAUCCAUGGCCCAAAGCAUGCAGCCCAUGGCACCACCUCCAUACCAAUGCCCUCCACCCUUCACCGACAGAUACCCUCUGGAGGACGUAGAUCAGCGCAGUUCAAGCAUUACCGCACUGAGGAUGAAAGCUAAGGAACACAUCCAGUCCAUGGAUAAAACCUGGCCACCCAUGUGCUAAGACAGGGUACAUCUCUCUUUAGCUUCGGGCCUUCAUAUUUCUUGGUUACUAAUUGGCACUGAAGGUUACUCAAGAAUCAUGUUUCUUGUAUUGGAUGGUUAUCUUAUUCUCCAGGUCAGAAAAAGUUGGGCCAGCAAAAUGUAGGCGCUAAAUGAAUUGUGUGCCAUUUAUUUAUUUUUUUUGCAACUGGAUGUAAAAACAAACAAACAACAAUAACAUCAAAAAACAACUUCCAAGCCACUGAUGAGUUUGGAUGAGGAAAAACAUUCUGUUCCAUAUAUUUAUUUGUAAGGCACACACUGGCACUGUUUAUUUCUUUACUAUCCUUACAAGUUUAAUUGGUGUUGGAGGGAUUUCUAAAACCAGAGUUACUGGGUGUGUUUUGCAUGACAUGACCUCUGUCUGCAAAUUCACACUUCCCCCUGAAUGACUGGUCUAGAUGUUUUGGGUUGAAACAAAAGAUAAAUAUGGUCAGUGGUUAGAGAAGACCUCUUAAACAGGCAGCUGAUUUGAUCAAAACCCCUCUGUUUGAUCACAAAGGCAAGGACAAGGGACAGAAAUGAUUGGUUUUGGGGGGAACGUUUGUAUGCUUCAGUGUUCAUUAGAGGCAAAUGUUUAUUGGCAGACCCAUCUCCUGUACGUGCAGAAGAGCAGAAGGGGAAACCAUCACCCUUUAAUGACUCCCCUUUGUUUGGGAUACUUGAUCAAGGUCUGAUCUUUUUGUUUCAGCUUUUUAUAGGGAAAGACUGUCAGAGACUGUCACUUUAAGACUCCAAACAAAUCAGAAGGUUUUUAAGAUAAAAACACCAUCAUUGUGCUUUAAGUCCCAUUUUAUGAUGACUCACAGGACAAUAAACCUUCAAAACAGACCUGGCUUCAAACGACCACUGUCAUGUCCCACAAACACACAAGUGGGAUUCGCUGCUUAUUUUUAAAAGGAAACUCACUCAGUUCGUGUUGCCAGGGUUUUUGUAGCAAUAAAUCAUGUGUAGGUGUGUUUGACUAACAAAGUUAGACAUUUUGAGUCCUGUCAGGAAAGGUAUUAAACUUUCAGAUUCACUGAAUUAUUCAUUUGAACAAACUAUGCUUACUAAUAAUGUUUUAAGAUUAGCUGUAUAAGGAUGUCAGGGAUGAAGAGUUUGUAGAUGUUAUAAAUAUAUACAGUUGAUUAAACUGUAUGAGCCAGUUGUUUUUUAUUUAAUGUUACUUCCCACAUUUCUUUCAUGAGGCCCUUUGGGCCAAUGUUAGUUUACAGUCUGAAUCUAUGUUUAGAUGACUUACACAGUUUGAAUAAUUGCAAAGCCAAACUUAGACAGCAAUAUGACAAUCAUGAGUAAUUAAAAUGAGUGAAUGAUGUUUUUUGUUCAAACGUACAAAUGUGGUUCUCAUGUUUAUAAUGUGUCCUAGACGUUUUUACAGUUACCUUUGAAUCAAGCAGAGAAAUGAAUGUCCACAAACGUUCCUGAAAAAUAAACGAAUCUAGUUUCUCAGUGA